AACAGGUGGAGAAGUUGCCUGGAGUGGAGAGCUGGCCGAUUAGAUCAGACCCCCUCCCGUGACUUCUGUUUGAGAGCCAAUGAGGGCCCAGAGGCCACGGCCACAAUCUCAUGCACCUGGGCCCUCUUCAAAGGGCUGGUUCUUCAGGUGUGAAGGGGAGGAGAGAGAGAGAGAGGAAAGAGAGGGGCCCAGCUCCAGCCCCUCGUUCCCCUGCAGAGCCCAGCAUGUGAGGCUUACCUGUCCCUGUCCCUGCUGGCUGGGCUAUCUCGGGGUUUGGACCUCAUGAAUGUCAGAGGCAGGAGGGACUCCAGAGUCUAAAGAAGGAGGGCCUAGAGGUCUGACCCUGGGUUUGAGGGAGGAGGGACUGAGGGACUGGACUCCUGGGUCCUGGGAAGAAGGAGGAAGCCAUGACCCCAAAUCCCUAAGUACCAAGCCGGGAGGAGGUCAGAAGCUGAAGGUGGCUGUUGGGAGAGAGAAGGAAAAGGGUCAGGUGGCAGCAGCAGUCUUUGUCUGGCCGGAGGGAUUUUCGGAUGGAGAUGUCAUCGCUGAGAGCUCCCUUCCCACCCACGCUCAGCCUGCCUGGGGAACUCCAGCAGGGAAAAGGGGAAGGGUGAGAGGAAGGAGAAGGAGAGCGGAGGGGAGGAGGCGGGGUCAUCAGGGCUCCGUAUCUCACAGACCAGAAACAGAAGCUGCACCCAGAGAGCAGGCGAACCUCAGGCCCUCACUCUUGGGUACCCGAGUAGGUAAGAGCUGGGAGGUUGGACCUCAGAAGCUGGAGAAGAAUGUCUGUAUUCUAGGAGGAACUGGGGCCCUGGAAUUCUGGGUCUUCCAGGUUGGAGAGAGCUGGAGGCUCAGAUUCCUGGUUCCUGGGGAGGGAAGGGCUGAGACUUUGGACGUUGAACCCACAAAGCUGGAGGAAGGAAGUUAGGGGCCCCUGAAGCUAAGGUGCUGCCUGCUAGGUUCUGAGGAGACAGGACAUGGCGGUUUGGGGGUAGAGAGCCCCUCAGGAAGUGUGGGUCAGACCCAAAGCCCCAGGCAGCCCUCCAGCGCUCCAGCCCGGACUUUGCCUCUGCCUUGGCCUGCCUGAGCCCCAUCCCGAAUGCCAGCCCUUCUUCCCCAAGCUCACCCAGCCCCAGUCCCAGGACUGAGAGCCCCAGGGAGCUUGGAGAGGUGUGAGAGAGACAGGUGUCCUGCCUCAGCCCCGCUCCUUCACCUGCAGAGCCCGGCAUGUGGGGCUACCUGUCGCUGAUGCCCAUCUUCCUAGCUGUCUGGGCUAUCUCUGGCGUCUGGAUCGUUUUUGCCAUUGCAGUAACCAACAGGACGGUGGACCUCAGCAAAGGCUUUCCCUACAUCAGCAUCUGCGGAUCCUUCCCCCCUCAGAGCUGCAUCUUCAGCCAGGUGCUCAAUAUGGGAGCUGCUCUGGCCGCGUGGAUCUGCAUUGUCCGUUACCACCAGCUCCGGGACUGGGGCGUCGGAAGGUGGCCUAACCAGCUGAUCCUAUGGACGGGUCUUCUCUGUGCCCUGGGCACCUCCGUGGUAGGCAAUUUCCAGGAAAAGAACCAGCGGCCUACGCACUUAGCAGGGGCCUUCCUUGCCUUCAUCUUGGGUAACGUCUACUUCUGGCUGCAGCUCCUCCUGCGGAGGCUGAAGAACCUGCCCCAGCCCGGGGCUCCCUGGAUCGGGCCACUCCGUCUGGGCCUCUGCAGCUUCUGCACCAUCCUCAUUGUGGCCAUGAUCGUCCUCCACGCCUGCUCGCUGCGCAGCGUCUCUGCGGCCUGCGAGUGGGCCGUGGCCAUGCUGCUGUUCGCCCUCUUCGGUCUCUUCGCCGUUGACUUCUCCGUCCUGGAGAGCUGCACCCUGUGUGUUCAACCGUGGCCCAGCCUCAGCCCCCCGCCGGCCUCCCCCAUCUCCCUGCCGGUCCAGCUGUAGCAGCCACCCUGACCUGGGCCUCGCCCUCACCAGCGAAGCAGGAAAGAUGGGGCCAAUCUCAGUGCCCCGCACGCAGCAAGAUGAGCCACUGGGGAUCUCUCCAACCGGCUGGGGCUGCCGCUGACUGACCUGGAGCCGGAGGACCUGUGUGCCAGCGCGGAGGGCCUCUGAACGGCUGGUGGCAGCCAGCAUCCCCGUCCCCGCCUUCGGGCCCUGCCCCUGCAAUUGGGCACCCAGGAAGCGAGAGGCCAAGGCCAGCCAGCUGUCCCUGAUCAAGGCUAUUUAUUAUUAUUAUUAUCUUUUUUUUUUUUUUUGCCGCCGGCGGAAUCAGAGACACGGACGCAGGCAGGAUCACGCGAAACCAGAAUUCCUUCCGGAGAGCAAAUCCGUACAGAAGGUCGUGAAGGGGAGGACCAGGGGAGGAGGGGCCCAGGAAGAGGGGGUUGGGGACGACACAGGGACAGAGGGCCCUGUCCGGAUCUGCUAAGCCACCCCAACCAGCUCCCGUCCCUCCCCCACCCCACCCCGCAGAGAGAUUGAUCCAUAAAUAAAA